GUUGUACUAUAUUAUACUAAUUAUACUUCAUAUAUAUUUCUUUGAAGCUAUCUGCAGCUACCUAAUUCCAAAAUCCAAAUCAAAUUAGACACAAACCAUGAACGGUCGAUCGAUCUGCUGCAUGAAGAUUUAAUUUGAAUCUAACGUGUGAAUUUAAGAUGACCCAGUUCAUCAGCGGCAAGAAGGCGACGUGGAAAUGCUUAAUCCCUAGUUGCUGCAACAUCAAUGGCGACAGCACUGUGGACGAGAGCGCGUUGACGGAAUCCAAGAAGCAGUUUAUUCUGAAGGAGGAGGGAAGCGCUUCGUUCCAGCGGCGGUUAUCGAUGUCGGAUAUAACCGGCGGCAACCCCGGGUGCUCGCCGCUCUCCGCCAACGACCUCUCCGUCUCCCUCGCCGGCUCCAACCUCCACGUCUUCACCUUCGGGGAGCUCAGGCACAUCACCCGCAACUUCUCCGCCUCCAACUUCCUCGGCGAAGGAGGGUUCGGCACCGUGCACAAGGGCUUCGCCGACGAGAAGCUCCGCCCCGGUUUGAAGCCGCAGCCCGUCGCCGUCAAGUUGCUCGACUUGGACGGCAUGCAAGGUCACCGGGAAUGGCUGGCAGAAAUAAUAUUUCUAGGGCAACUGAGGCAUCCGCAUCUGGUGAAGCUGAUAGGGUACUGUUGGGAGGACGAGCACAGGCUCCUUGUUUAUGAGUUCAUGGCCAAAGGCAGCCUCGAGAAUCAACUCUUCAGAAGAUAUUCGGCUGCAUUGCCAUGGUCAACGAGGAUGAGGAUUGCUGUGGGAGCAGCCGAGGGUUUGGCAUUUCUACAUGAAGGAGAUCAACCAAUUAUAUAUCGAGAUUUCAAAGCUUCUAAUAUUUUAUUAGACAACGAUUAUAAUGCAAAACUUUCGGAUUUCGGGUUAGCGAAAGAUGGUCCCGAAGGAGAUGAAACACAUAUAUCAACGCGUAUUAUGGGCACACAAGGAUAUGCGGCCCCUGAGUAUAUCAUGACUGGUCAUCUGACAACCAUGAGUGACGUGUACAGCUUCGGAGUAGUGCUAUUGGAGCUCCUGACGGGUAAACGGUCGGUGGAUAAAACCCGACCCGGUCGCGAACAGAGCCUCGUGGAAUGGGCGAGGCCUCUUUUGAAGGACCCGAAGAGGCUGGACCGGAUCAUAGACCCAAGGCUGGAGGGUCAAUAUUCCUACAAGGGGGCCCAGAAGGUCGCAUCCUUGGCCCACAAGUGCCUGUCCCACGCCCCAAAGCCUAGGCCCACCAUGGCCGACGUGGUCAAAAUCCUGGAGCCCCUACAGGACUUUGAAGACGUAUUGGUCGGACCUUUUGUGUACGUAGUUCCGACGGAUCAAAACGGUCCCGCCGGGGAGGAAGAAAAAGAGAGCAGUGAAGAGGAAAAGUAUGGGAACGGAGAAAAUGGGCACCGCCACCGUCACCGGUGGCGCCGCCGGAUCAGGCUGCCGUUGACUCUGGUGGCGCACUCGGACUCUGCCCUCUAUAAAAAUCUCAAAAAUGGGGGUGGGCAUGAGGGGAGAGAAGCGGCAUAAAGUUAUUAAAUUGGAAUAUAAAUCUCGGAAAAUGAUUAAAGUUUCGAAAAAUGCAUCUCAAUGUUAAAUGGAGACAUGAAGGAAUUUGUUUUUUAUUUUAUUUUAUUUUAUUUAUAACUGGUGUUAUGCAAAUGUUUGCAAAGGCAAUUGAUGAAUCAUAGUGGGGAUUUUUAGGAAAGGAAAGCAUUGUAAAAUUUUGCUCCAGCCUUAAGGCAAUUAAGUAAACAAUAGAGUGUAUUUGUAAAGGUUUUUGAGAAGAUUUGUGUAAGAAUUAAAGGAGAAAAUGAUAGCAAG